AUGUCUGAUCAACCUAAAUUGGCUCCCACCUACCGUGGAUUUAUCAAUGACACCAACGACGCUCUUAUUCUCUUCACGGCCUGCCUCGACGGAAUCAUCAGCCACGUCCCACGCCGCCCGCAUGACCGUGAACGGCAGGAACUCAUCGUCAGCGGCAGCGUCUUCAUCUACGAAGAGCAUGCCUCGGGCAUCAAGCGCUGGACCGACGGUAUAUCCUGGAGUCCCAGCCGCAUCCUAGACAAUUUCCUUAUAUACAGGGAGUUGCAACGACCGUUUCCGCCAGGCGAGAAAAAGCGUGCCCUAAAGCGCAGGAGAGCCGGCCAUGGAGUACAUAAGCCCGUAACCAAGGAGUCGUCGGUCACGCCGGAAAUGGAGAGAUCAUUGGUCGGUUCUCUGACGGAUUCAUACGACUUCAAGGGCGACGGGUUGGUCAAAAAGACCAUCAGCAUCAACUUCCGUGGCGUCCCUCAUCAUUUGGUCAGCUACUACGACCUCGAAGACGUCAAAUACCUCAUCACUCCGGCAAACCACCCCCAGUUCCAAGACGUACAGAUUCGCAACGAGCUCUACCACAACCAGAACUUCCGCACACCCGUA